AUGGCCGCGGAGGGGGCCACGGACGACGAGGUCUCGGGGUUCGUGCGCUCGGUCUACACGCUGCUGCGCGUGUGCGACGCCGAGAUCGCCGGCUGGUCGCACGACGGCCUCCAGGUUGUCAUCUUCGACCCCGCGCGCUUCGCGUCCGAGCUCUGCCCCAAGUUCUUCCGCCACCGCACCUUCCAGUCGUUCACGCGGCUGCUCAACAUGUACCAGUUCCACAGGGUGCCAUCGGCGCAGCGCGACUCGAAGCACGUCGUGUUUGCGCACCCGAACUUUCAGCGCACGCGCGAGGACCUCCUGCCGCUCAUCCAGCGCAAGUCCUCCUCGGCGUGCCGCGCGCCUGACUGCGGCGUGUGCAAGGAGUGCCGCGACAAGCCCAAGUUUGGCGGCGCGGGCAUCCGCAAGAAGCCAUGCAUUGGCCGCAUCUGCAUCGGCGGCGGCGCGGCCGCGGCCGCGGGCGGCGCAAGCGGCGGCGCCGGCGCAGCCUCCGUCGCUGCCUCGUCACAUGCUCCGGUGGCAGAGGCUCCGGUGGCAGAGGCUCCGGUGGCAGAGGCUCCGGUGGCAGAGGCUCCGGUGGCAGGGCAGGCGUCGGCGGCACCGCCGGGCGAGGCGGCAGAAGGCGCAGCCGCUGCCGAGCCGGUGGUGGAGGAGGCGCCGGCGGCGCCGGCGGCGGCAGGGGCAGAAGAGCCGGCGCCGCCGGAGGAGGGAGCGGCGGCGGCGGCGGCGGCGGCAGCGGCGCCCGUGGCGGUUGCGGAGGGUUUGCGUCUGCAUUUGUCUAGCAGCAGCAUCACGGGCUACAAGGGCGUGUACUCGCGAGACGGCCGCUUCCACGCGCAGCACAGUGUGGGCGGAAGAAAUGUCCCACUAGGCCGCUUCGAUACGGCGGUGGAGGCGGCGGUGGCCUAUGCGCGUGCGGCCGGCGAGUACCAGCCUCCAGCUCCUCCGACGGUGGCGACAGAGGCAGAGGGGCUGAAGCUGCACCUCUCCAGCAGCAACGUGACCAGCUACAAGGGCGUGUACAAGCACCCAUCCGGCCGCUUCCAGGCGGAGCACUAUGUGCGCGGAAGGCAGGUCCACCUCGGCAUCUUCGACACGGCGGUGGAGGCGGCGGUGGCGUACGCGCGGGCGGUCGGGGAGGCGCCGGAAGCGGGCUCGGCGGUGGCAGCAGCAGCAGGGCAGGCGUCGGCGGCACCGCUGGGUAAGGCGGCAGAAGGCGCAGCCGCUGCCGAGCCGUCAGUGCAGGAGGCGGCGGGCGCGGCGGCGGCGGCAGGGACAGAGGAGCCGGCGCCGUUGGAGGAGGGAGCGGCGGCGGCGGCGGCGGCAGCGGAGGCGCCCGUGGCGGAGGCGCCCCUGGUGGCGUACGCGCGGGCGGUCGAAGAGGCGGCGGCGGCGGCGACAGCGGCGGCGGCGGCGACAGCAGGGGCGGUGGCGGCGGGCGCUGAGCCGGCGGGAGCCGAGCCGACGGGAGCUGAGCAGCAAACUCGCUCCUCCGACCGCGGCGCGCGCCCGGUCGUGCGCUUUGAGGCCGGCCCGGCGCCCGAUCCGUGCGAGAUCGACCUCUCCUGGCUGGAGCUGCUGCCGCCUCGCCUCCUCAAGCCGCUCUGCGAUCAGAAGGGCCUGAGUGUGGGGUGGGACAGCUCGGAGGCUCUGGCGAAGCGGCUGCGCGCCAGCGGCGGCCUGAGCGGGGAGCAGCUCAAGGAGCUGUGCGAUGCUCCAGAGGUCGGAGUCCAAUCAUACGGCUCCAAGGCGGAGAUCGCGCAGCGCAUCGGCGCCAAGCUGGCGGCGGCGGCCAAGUCCUCCUCCUCCGCGGGCGUCGGCGGCGGUGCGGCCGCGGCCGCGGGCGGCGCGAGCGGCGGCGCCGGCGCAGCCUCCGUCGCUGCCUCGUCACAUGCGCCGGUGGCGGAGGAGGAGGCUCCGGUGGCAGAGGCGGAGGGCUUGCGCUUGCACUUGUCCAGCGCCGCCGCCACCGGCUACAAGGGCGUGCUCAAGCAUGCUUCUGGCCGCUUGCCGUACAGUGUACGGUACGGCGGAACCAAGGUCUGCCUCGGGAACUUCGGCACGGCGGUGGAGGCGGCGGUGGCGUACGCGCGGGCGGUCGAAGAGGCGGCGGCGAAGGCAAACGCGGCCAAGCCCAAGGCGAGCUCCAUCAUGCGCCGAUGCGGGACCUGCCCGGCGUGCCGCGCGCCUGACUGCGGCGUGUGCAAGGAGUGCCGCGACAAGCCCAAGUUUGGCGGCGCGGGCAUCCGCAAGAAGCCAUGCAUUGGCCGCAUCUGCAUCGGCGGCGGCGCGGCCGCGGCCGCGGGCGGCGCGAGCGGCGGCGCCGGCGCAGCCUCCGUCGCUGCCUCGUCACAUGCUCCGGUGGCAGAGGCUCCGGUGGCCGAGGCUCCGGUGGCAGAGGCUCCGGUGGCAGAGGCUCCGGUGGCAGAGGCUCCGGUGGCAGAGGCGGAGGGCUUGCGCUUGCACCUCUCCAGCAGCAACAGCACCGGCUACAAAGGCGUGGCCAAGCAUGCUUCUGGCCGCUUUGUGGCAAGUCGCGGGGCCGACGGUAUAAAAUUCCACCUCGGCUUCUUCGGCACGGCGGUGGAGGCGGCGGUGGCGUACGCGCGGGCGGUCGAAGAGGCGGCGGCGGCGGCAACAGCGGCGGCGGCGGCGACAGCAGGGGCGGUUGAGGCGGGCGCUGAGCCGGCGGGAGCCGAGCCGACGGGAGCUGAGCAGCAAACUCGCUCCUCCAACCGCGGCGCGCGCCCGGUCGUGCGCUUUGCCCCGGCGGUGGCGACAGAGGCGGAGGGUUUGAAGCUGCACCUCUCCAGCAGCAGCAACACCGGCUACAAAGGAGUGCAGAAGCGCGACAAUGGCCGCUUUACGGCGCGAUACACGGACUGGAACUCUCGGGAGGUCGCAAUCGGGAGCUUCGACACGGCGGUGGAGGCGGCGGUGGCGUACGCGCGGGCGGUCGAAGAGGCGGCGGCGGCGGCGACAGCGGCGGCGGCGGCGACAGCAGGGGCGGUCUCUUGCGGCGGCUGGGAGGGCCUCGUCGACGGCUGGUACACGCGGACAGAGGUGCGACAAGCCGGCAGCACCGCCGGCAGUUGCGACACCUACUUCUUCUCGCCCGCCGGGAAGCGCUUCCGCUCGCGCGUCGAGCCCGGGCCGGUCGCAGGGCUGGGCGGCGACGUGUUUCGGGUCGAGGCGCUGCUCGCGCGGCGGCACGUCGGUGGAGAGGCCCAGUACUUGGUGCGCUGGGAGGACUACCCGCCCGAGCACGACAGCUGGGAGUGCGAGGACAACAUCUUCGACGAGAGCCUGAUCCGCGCCUUCAAUGCCAGCGCCGCGUCCUCGUCCAGCGGCGGCGCCUCCGAGUCGGCAGCAGGCCCUCGCGCCGGCGUUUCUUUUUCGUCCUCCCGGCUUCCGGCCUACCUCUCCACGCCUUCCCCUGGGCGGCCCCACGCGGCGGCCGGGCGGGCGCCGAGUUUGCAGGGCGCUUUGACCGGGGCGGAGCUGCCGCGGUUUGUGCAGCUUGCCUCGGCGGAGGGGGCGCCGGGCGGCGGUGUGCCACCCCCCACUUGCCUUUGCGGUGCGCUGGCCGUGCUGCGCAAGCGGCGCUGGUGGUGCGCCGACGAGGACGGCGGCUGCAGCUUCGAGCUGUGGGCGUGCGGUCGCACCGACGACGGCACCGCGGGCAUGCAGCCGCUGUGCGAGUGUGGCAGGCCGGCGGUGUGGAUGGGCAGGAGGUGGUGGUGCGUGCGCGCCGAUGGCGGGUGCGACUUUGAGUGGUCUCCUCCGCCGCCACCCGCGCCUCCAACGCUGGUGCCGCCCGAGGCGAUCGAACGGCAGAUGGCGCGUGACACCGCGGCGCUGCUCACGGCUGCCGCGCACGGCCCGCUCAACGCGUGGUCCUUCGUCGCACCAAGCGAUUUCGGGCUCGGGCUCUGGGCGCGGGCGCCUCUCCGGCGCGGGCAGGCGGUCGGCUUGUACUCCGGGCCGCGGCUGCCGUGCAGCUUGCAGCGGCGCGGCACGUGCGAGGCUGUGGUUGACGGUUUGGCGCGGCUGCAGAGGGCGGCGCGCGCAUCGCAGGGCGGCGAGGACGUCGAUGCGGCGUCGGCCGUCCUUGCUUGCUCAGUGGCGGACGAGACAGCGGCACCGCUCCCUUGGGGUGGCGAGCGAGGGGGCGACGCGCGCUUGCGGCUGCUGGUGCCGAGUCUAGCAAAGAAGUUGGCCGGGUUGCGAGCGCGCGUCGCGUCCUGCCAAUGGGGCAUCGUGGCGUCGCACUUGCCUGGACGCACCGGCGCCGAGUGCCGCGAGCGUUGGGCCGAGCUGCAUGCGGAGGCGGAGGCGGAGAUGGAGGAGAUGGAGGCGGAGGAGAUGGAGGAGGCGGAGGCGGUCGAGGUGGAGGCGUUCGAGGUGAGUGAUGAGGAGGGGGCGCAGGUGGAGUCGGGAGCGGAGGCUAUGGAGGUGGAUGCUGCGGUGGUGGUCGCUGAGGGCGAGGAGGAGCAGGAGGAAGAUGGCGUGGUAGAGGCCGCGGUGGAGGUGAGCAUGGUCGCCGAGUGCAAGAGCGCGAUGGCGUGCGCGCAAGCGCACAUCGCCAAGGUAGACGAGGGCGCCGCGGAAUGCGGCGGCGGGGAAGGCGAGGCCGACGGGGGCGGCGGCGAGGGCGAGGCGGAGGGCGGCGGCGGCGAGGGCGAAGUGGACGGCGGCGGCGGUGACGGCGGCACGGGCGGUGGCGGCGGUGACGGCGGCACGGACGGCGGCGGCGAAAAGGGCGAGGCCGACGGUGGCGGAGGCGACGGCGAGGCCGACGGUGGCGGCGGCGAGGGCGAGGCGGAGGGGGGCGGCGGCGACGGCGAGGUUGACGGCGGUGGCGGCGGGGGCGACGCUGAGGGCGGCGGCGGCGAGGGCGAGGUGGACGGCGGCGGCGGCGAGGGCGAGGCCGACGGCGGCGGCGGCGACGGCGAGGCGGACGGCGGCGGCGGCGACGGCGAGGCGGAGGGCGGCGGCGGCGAGGGCGACACGGACGGCGGCGGCGGUGAGGGCGAGGCCGACGGUGGCGGUGGUGACGGCGGCACGGACGGGGGCGGCGGCGACGGCGAGGCGGAGGGGGGCGGAGGCGAGGGCGAGGCCGACGGCGGCGGCGGCGAGGGCGAGGCCGACGGCGGCGGCGGCGAGGGCGAGGCCGACGGCGGCGGCGGCGACGGCGAGGCGGACGGCGGCGGCGGCGACGGCGAGGUUGACGGCGGUGGCGGCGAGGGCGACGCUGAGGGCGGCGGCGGCGAGGGCGGCACGGACGGUGGCGGAGGCGACGGCAAGGCGGAGGGAGGCGGCGGCGAGGGCGAGGCGGAGGGCGGCGGAGAUGGCGCCUCGCCGCCCCUCGUCGAAGUCGUCGGCGCGGGCGUUGACGGCCGCGAGCAGCCGCACGCCGAAGGCGACUGCAAGGCGGAGGGAGGCGGCGGCGAGGGCGAGGCGGAGGGCGGUGGAGGUGACUGCGGCUCGGACGGUGGCGGCGGCGACGGCGGCACGGACGGGGGCGGCGGCGAGGGCGAGGCCGACGGCGGCGGCGGAAAGGGCGAGGCCGACGGCGGCGGCGCCGAGGGCGAGGCCGACGGCGGCGGCGGCGACGGCGAGGCGAAGGGCGGCGGCGGCGACGGCGAGGUUGACGGCGGUGGCGGCGAGGGCGACGCUGAGGGCGGCGGCGGCGAGGGCGGCACGGACGGUGGCGGAGGCGACGGCAAGGCGGAGGGAGGCGGCGGCGAGGGCGAGGCGGAGGGCGGCGGAGGUGACGGCGGCACGGACGGGGGCGGCGGCGACGGCGAGGCGGAGGGGGGCGGAGGCGAGGGCGAGUCGGAAGGCGGCGGCUGCGAGGGCGGCACGUACGGUGGCGGCGGCGAGGGCGAGGUGGACGGCGGCGGCGGCGAGGGCGAGGCCGACGGCGGCGGCGGCGAGGGCGAGGCGGAGGGCGGCGGCGGCGACGGCGAGGCGGAGGGCGGCGGCGGCGGCGGCAAGGCGGAGGGCGGCGGCGGCGAGGGCGACACGGACGGCGGCGGCGGCGAGGGCGGCACGGACGGCGGCGGCGGCGACGGCGAGGCGGACGGCGGCGGCGGGGAGGGCGAGGCCGACGGUGGCGGUGGUGACGGCGGCACGGACGGUGGCGGAGGCGACGGCAAGGCGGAGGGAGGCGGCGGCGAGGGCGAGGCGGAGGGCGGCGGUGGUGACGGCGGCACGGACGGGGGCGGCGGCGACGGCGACACGGACGGCGGCGGCGGAGAGGGCGAGGCCGACGGUGGCGGUGACGGCGGCACGGACGGGGACGGCGGCGAAGGCGAGGUGGAGGGCGGCGGAGGCGAGGGCGAGGCGGAAGGCGGCGGAGGGAAGGGCGGCACGGACGGUGGCGGCGGCGACGGCGAGGUGGACGGCGGCGGCGUCGAGGGCGGCACGGACGGCGGCGGCGGCGACGGCGAGGCGGAGGGGGGCGGAGGGAAGGUCGGCACGGACGACGGCGGCGGUGAGGACGAGGCCGACGGCGGCGGCGUGGACGACGUCACGGACGACGGCGGCGACGGCGAGGCGCUCGCCGCCGGGGCGGGCUCCUCCUCCGGAGGCUCCUUGACCGACGGCAGCGCCUCGCCGCAAACCGCCGCCUUCUUGAGAGCCGUGUCGAUCUUGAUGACCGGCUUGAGCGCCGGGUCGUUCUUGAUGACGCCGGUCUCGUCAACGGAGGCCUCCGCGCCAGACUUUGCCGCAGCCUUCUUGAGGGCGCCCACGACGGUCGGGCGCUCAAACUUGGACCAGAAAACGGCGGGCGCGUGGGCGGCGAACAUAGCCUUGGCCUUGUCCGAGUCGAACGCGCCCGCGUCGGGCGCCUUUUCCGCGGCCGGGUCCUUCUUGAGGUGUUCGGAGACGGGAGAGAGAAUUGUUACCGGUGGGUGGGAAGCGAUGAGUGCCAGGAGAGAAUGCUGCGGCGCGCUCACCGUUGGGUCGGGCGUGUUGGAAACGGUCUUGGCCGGCUUCACGACCUCCUUGGCAACCUCCUCGGCGACGGGCGCCUCGGCGACGGGCGCCUCGGCGAUGGUGGCCUCCUCGGCGACUGCCUCCGCGGCGGCGGACACCUUGGCGGCGGCGGACUUGGCGGCGACCUCCUCGGUGGCGGACUCCUCGGCCUCCUCGCCGCCCGCGUCAAUGCCGUCCUUGAGCGGGCUGGGCUCGCUCUCGGGCGGGAUGCCGACAGCCUUGGCCUUGGCCUUACCCUUGGCCGAGUCGACCGUGCCCGCGGCGGGCGCCUCUGCCGCGGCCAGGUCUUUCUUGAUGAUGCUCUCGUCGGAGGCCGCCGCGCCAGACUUUGCGGGGACGUCCUUCACGAGGGCGUUCUUGGCGCCGUACGCCUGUGGGCCAGGGACGAUACGGCGGCGUUGGGACGGGAAGAUCGCGCUGAUAGGAUGA